GUAUCACUGUCUCUGUAGAUCAUCAUCUUACGUAUUACUUUUAGAUGAAUUCAUUAGAUACUGAUACUGAUACUCAUUCCACUGUAAUCUGAUAAAUAUAGACAUAUCUAAAAGUGAUUCAUGUUUCUUUCACAGGUCAUGGUUUCUAUUAACCUCAUGUUGCGUCAGCUGUCAGUUUUGACUCAGCCUUAAAAUAAACCUGCCCACACAUUUUUUAAAUAUUUCUGCGUAAUGAAAUUAUGAAAUACAGUCGUUUAUUAGAAAUUAUUAAUUGUUUUGUGAAUGCUCUCUUUAGAAGGUUAAUGUCAUUAUGGUGUCUACUGCGGUAAUGCUGGUUUCUCUGUUGUGCAAGACCAGAGUGUUUUAGCCACACCUUUCCCCGCCUCCUGACAUGGGACUUUUGCAGGGGAAGCAACUCUUUAAAAGCACUUCACCUUCACCAUGUGAGGCUCAUUGUGAGAAAGUGCUAGGCUACAGGAACUAUGGUAUGGACAAUUUUGGCAGUGCUCAGUGGUCUGUUUAUACUUUUUCUCCUGUACUCUAACCGCACAAGGAGGAGAAAUGAGCCACCUCUGGACAAAGGGCGCAUACCUUGGUUGGGACAUGCCCUGGAGUUUGGAAAAGAUGCUGCAAAGUUCUUGGCACGGAUGAAAAAGAAGCAUGGAGACAUAUUUACAGUGCGUGUUGCUGGAAUGUACUUGACGGUGCUGUUAGAUCCUCACUCGUUUGACUCUGUGCUGAAUGACGUGGGCUCACUGGAGGUGGGAAACAGCCGAAACAAACUACUGGGGCGGAUCUUUGGCCUGCAGCUAAAUGGCAUUAAGGACAGUGACGAGAGGAAAUGGAUGGAAAAGCAUUUUCACACAGGAGGGCUGACCCAACUUUGCCCGAAGAUGAAAGCAAACAUGCAAAAUCUACUGAUGAAUGAUUUCAGUGACAUCAGUGACUGGAGACAAGACGGACUCUUCAGCCUCUGUUAUAGCUUGCUUUUUAGAGCGGGCUAUCUAACGUUAUUUGGCAGUGAAGGCAAUGCCUCUGCUGUGUAUAAGGAGUUCCGCAAGUUUGAUGAUCGUCUCACCAAACUGGCUCGUAAAUCGCUCAAGCGCAAUGAAACGCAGUUGUUCACUUCAGCCCGAGAGAAACUGUGGGACCUGCUGUCUCCGAAAUGUCUUGAAUCGAAGCCCAAACCCUGGCAGCAGGACUAUAUUGAUUUUCUAAAAAAAGAGGGCGUGGACGUUGAGAUGCAAACUAGAGCAUUACUGUUGCAACUUUGGACCACACAGUGUAAUGCCGGACCUGCUGCCUUUUGGCUCCUUGCCUUUCUGCUCACUCACCCCGAGGCCAUGGAGGCAGUGAAAUCAGAGCUCACCCGUCUAACUCCACAGGACAGCCCCCUGCAAUCGCCCCCCCUCCAAGAGCCAAGAGCGUACACCACCACACCUGUGUUUGACAGCGCUCUCAGUGAAACCCUAAGGCUCACAGCAGCUGUAAUGAUCAACAGAGACGUGGUCCAGGACAAGAUCGUGCCCAUGGCCGACGGGAGCGAAUACCUCCUCCGAAAAGGGGACAAAGUCUGUCUCUUUCCAUUCCUCAGCCCUCAGAUGAACGCAGAGGUCCACCAGCAACCACAGAUGUUCAAGUAUGACCGCUUCCUAAAUGAGGAUAUGACGGUGAAGAGGACAUUUUACAAAGAUGGGAGACUGCUGAAGCACUACAGCAUGCCGUGGGGAGCAGGAGGAAACAUGUGUGUGGGGAAAGAGUUUGCUGUCUUCACCAUCAAACAGUUUGUGUUCCUGGUCCUGACACAUCUGGAUGUAGAGUUGUGUGAGCCAGGGGCCCGACUCCCCCCAGUGGACCCCAGUCGCUACGGCUUUGGGAUGCUUCAGCCCCAUGGAGACCUGCAGGUGCGCUGCAGGCUGAGGAGAACACAGCACUGAGUAUGAAAGAAGAGGGUUUAUUUAAUAUUGUGUAACAUAUAUUGUAUGUAUAAUUGUGUGGUUAUAUUUAUCUUGCACUUGACUCUGGCUCUUUUUUACUGAAUAAAAUGGCAAACCUC